UGUCGCUGGAGUCUCAGUUUGUCUUCUUCUGGAUAAAGACGCAGUUUCACCGUCACUUCAACAAACGGAGAAAAUCACUAUGAAGAUCCUGCUUUUACUGGUUCUGCUGGGAAUACACAGCGCGAGCGCAGGAAUUCACUCUCUGAAGUAUUUCUACACUGGAUCAUCUGAAGUCCCAAACUUCCCACAGUUUAUGGCUGUUGGUUUGGUUGAUGAUGUUCAGAUUGAUCACUAUGACAGCAACACAAAGCAAGAUGUACCCAAACAGGACUGGAUGAGUAAGAACACAGAUCCACAGUACUGGGUGAGAGAGACUGUGAACCGUUUGGGUGAACAGCAGUGGUUCAAAGCCAACAUUGAAAUUGCAAAGAAACGCUUCAACCAAACUGGAGGUGUUCACAUUUUCCAGAAUAUGUAUGGCUGUGACUGGGAUGAUGAGACUGGAGAAGUUAACGGUUAUGAUCAGUAUGGUUAUGAUGGAGAAGACUUCAUAGUAUUGGACCUGAAGACAGAGACAUGGAUCGCUCCAUCAUCACAGGCUGUCAUCACCAAAAACAAAUGGGAUGCUGAUAAAGCUGAUCUUGCUGUUUAUAAAAACUACUUCACCAAGUUGUGUCCUGAGUGGGGGAAGAAGUACGUGGAGUAUGGGAAGAGCUCUCUGCAGAGAACAGAGCUUCCCUCAGUGUCUCUCCUCCAGAAGUCUCCCUCCUCUCCAGUGACCUGCCACGCUACAGGUUUCUACCCAAACAAAGCCUUGUUGUUCUGGAGGAAAGAAGGAGAGGAGCUUCAUGAGGACGUGGACCACGGAGAGACUCUGCCCAACCAUGACGGAACCUUCCAGAUGAGCACUGACCUGCGAGUGUCAUCAAUCCCACCUGAGGACUGGAGGAAGUAUGACUGCGUGUUCCAGCUCUCUGGUGUGAACGAGGACGUUGUCAAAGUACUGGACAAAGACGCCGUCCAAUCCAACAGAGUGAAGCCCAUGGACACGACCAUCAUCAUCAUCGUUGCAGUGGUUGUUCUUAUCGUCAUCAUCUUCGCUGCCGCUGCUUUCUUCUUGUACAGAAGAUUCAGUGCCAAAUCCGCCCCAUCUCCUGCGAGCAGCACUGAGGUGCAGCAGCUGAACACUGAGAGAGAAUAAAUGACAAAUACAUCACCGUUCCUUUGUUCACGGAAAUCUUUGUGUGAUCGUCCAAAACAAAUCCACACAUAGUUCCACUUUCAUAUUCCUGGUGUUGGGUAUCGUCAUGGAAACCAUGAGAAAUAACACAACUCCAAAUACACAUUGACUAUAUAGACUUUCUUUUCAUUCUCUGGUUGUGUAAAAUCACUGGGGACAACAGUGUAAGUCCAUCAGCGUCGUUCAAUCACACAUUUACAACGUGGUAUAGAGACUGUAGAUUAGCUGCAGGUGUCAUUCUGCUUUUAUUUGUGGCACAAUGUUUUGCCUCUUUACUCAACAAGAUAGAAAAUGAUUGGACACAUUUCCACCUGGUUUGUGUUGCAUCUCUAAACUCACUGUUAGUUCCAUUUGCAGAAAAUCUCUUUCUUCACUAUAUACACGAUGCCACAUGUUAAUAAUAAUGAUCACAUAUUCAGUGAUGUAUCGGCUGUAGAUCCAAGACACAAACACACAUUAAACAAAAAGCAUCAGUGCUCAUCUGAUUUUCCACUUAAAUAUUUGGCUUGUAUAUAUCUUUCGAAACUUUAAAUGUUAAAAAAUAAAUAUUAUAUUUUUGAUAAUUAUCAAUAUCAUGUUUAUUGCAGUUAUAAUAUCCUAAUAUAUGUUUUGGUCUGUUGAUUGUAUUUUAAUCAAAUGAGUUAUUACAAAAGGUGUGGGUUUUUUAAAUUGAAUUAGUAUUUGUAUGUGUUUUGGUAAAUUAAUUAAUGUUAAAAUAAGUUGCUCUGUUAUUGCUUUCCUUUUUUUACUUGUAUCUUGCUUUUCAAUAUUCAAUAAAUCCCCUAAUUUUCCAAAUA